GCCACAUUCAGCUCCCACAUUCAGCGUGUGAUUGCGGUGUAACUUCAUUCCAAGCAUACAAUAGUUGUAUGUGAAACUCUACGUCCUGGACUCCUGGCCGACCCCAGUAACGUAAAUCAGAUACUACACUCUUGCCACAUCGCAAGAUACCCAAGCUAUUUUGGCAGAAAAAUGUAUAUACAAGCAUUAUUACAAGUAAGAAAUUUACGUGGUGCAAUGAUUUAAUUGCAUUAUGCUGUAAGGCAGACAUUUUUCAAGAGUUGAGAGCUUUUCUUAAUACAUUAAGAGAUCCAAGAUUUACCAACCAAUAUCUCGAAAAUUCAGAAUUUUGCUUUCAUUUGACAACGAAGUUGAUACAUCCUUCGGCUCUUACAGACUGAUAAGAUUCCUGAUUGCUCUAAUUUAUGAACACUUUAUCAUCGUCUCAGUGCUUUAGCCACAGCGCAGCGUGCCCAGUACAGCAGUUCACGCUCGGAUAAGGUGGCAUAGAGUAAGCAAGCAGUCUACCUAGUUUUCGGAAAUUUUCGCCCAUUUCAGCCGAAAAAUGUACAAUUUUUCAUGGAUUUAGUGUGUGAUUUUUUACGUUAAUUUCUUCUAAAUUCCACGAUGAUAGCGCAUGUUUCAAGUAAAGAUUAUCUGUCUUUGAACUAUAAAAGUUUUUGAUAAGAGAUACUUGAUAACGGCAAGGUGUGAAGGUUAAUAGUCUCAGCACGCUCAGCACGCUCAGUUGCGGACAAUGCGCUUCCAACACGAGAACCUGAAAAUCUAAGUUCUUCAUACAAAAUCUCUAUUUUGUGUAUGCGCAGUGAGGAUCUAAAUAUUCUAAUCACAAAAUCAAUCGCUCCUGGUGUGUUUAUCGCAAAUAUUUCGUAUUCCCCACAAUAUUUUAGUGACGUUCCGCGUUUUUGUAUUUUCGAAGCCCCGCCAAAUCCAAAAUCAGCUCGUAUGCUGUACUCCAAACUUUGCAACAAAAAUAUUAAGAUCCUAUAAAUCAUACGAUUAUUAAUUCGAUCUUAAAUCGUUGCGUCAGCUAAUCACGUUUAUCGAAACGAUUUAUCGAAGCGAGCCCUUUGGGUGAAGUGUUGAUUUUUCCGAGUCUAGAGACAAAUCGUGUGUGCUUUGUUCGUACCUUAUCCAUGCAAGAAGUGAAACACUCUUAUUUUCAAGAUCCGACUCAAGUCCUUUCUCUGUGCGUGCGCGCGGAACAAUCAGAAGAGAACCACUCGGUAGCGAAAAGCGCCUUCGGAUUUUUGAUUUCAAACUGUGGGAUCCGCUUAGUUGAGCAAGGAUGAUGAAGCCGAGAUCCCAACUUGUGGUUCUGAUGAGCGUGUGCUGCCUGUUGGGGCUGGCGCGGCCCGAGUGUUGUCCGUCGAUGGCCAGUUCCUGCGGGAUUCCGUUCCCGAAUUUCCUGUGGCAGUGCUGCUCCUACGGGGACUGCAACAUCUUCUGCUGCAACUGCGACUCGGAGUGCAAGGUCAAAGGCUGCGAGUACACACUCGUCAACUCAACGUUCUCAAAUCAAACCGAUCCAGAGGUGACGGUGAGCAACGUGGUUUCCUGCUCAGAGAACUCGCGGGACUCGUGUCGGAUCGACAUGGAAGUGACGAGGGAGUUCGAGGCCGAGCAAGAGAGCAAGGUCCACCUGGGGCUCCCGGUCAUGGAGCUCAUCGCCAAGGCCUUCUACUGGGAGUACAAGAGCUCCGUCGCGGAGAAGACCUCCAAGGGCUACACCGUCGAGUGCCCCAUCAACCCCGGGAGCGAGGGCUGGCUCGGGCAGGAGCCCCUCUUCGCCGUCCUCCAGACCACCAAACUCUACAAGUGCUGCCAUGAUGGCUCCUGCCACUUCGUCUCCACCGAGAACAUCACCUACCGCAUGCCUAUCGUCCUUCCGACGGGCGUCAACGCCGGCAGAUUCAACUGCCACGAUAAAAAGCUCCAACAGAAAAGCAGACCCUCCGGCAAUGUCCUUGAUAAUAGUAUCCAGUGAACUACCCGAAUCCUCUCCACUCAGAAAAAGCUAUGGCUUGUACACCAAUUAGUCGUUUACAUGCAACACCACUAAUAUAGUGAAGGCAACAUUUCAAAAUAGCACAUAUAUACCUUAGUGAUGGUAUUUAUACCUUAGUAUGCUACGAGACACCAAUAAAAACACA